CUGGCAUGCAGUGGUAUUGCCUUGUGCUAGCAUGCUUCAGGUUGUUUCUUUGGAGCACACACACGUCCAUGGCUGUUUAGUUCCUUCAGCUACUAGUAGUAUGUGGUGCUUCGUGAAAGUGUUACUAUGAUCGUGGAGUAACCUGUGUGCUGCCUCAGAACUAAAAAAUUUGUACUUCGCCAGUGAACGUCUUUCCCUUUCGAAUUCGUAGUUGUUUCUGCUUCCUGCCACGAAUUUCAUAAAAAAAUAAUUGUUGUCUAUUGAUUUGAGUAUUUUGAAAAGUACGCUCGCCUUCCUGAUCUUGACCGGCAAUGGCCGUCGCUGCCGACAGCGUGCCCCGGUCAAAGACCUCCAGUACUCAAUUCGCAGACAUAGCCCGUCACCAUAUUAUCUCCACGGCUGGUGUUGAUCGUGAAGGUCGCCAGGUCGUGGUUUUCUUCGCCCAUCGACUGCCAGCCAAGGAGGAGAUCGAUCAUGAGCGUUUACUUGAGUAUAUGUUCCACACGUUGGACAAUAUCGUGGAAAGCGACUACACACUGGUCUACUUUCACCAUGGACUCCGAUCCAGUAAUAAGCCAGGCAUGAAGUGGGCAAUACGUGUGUACCGGGAGCUCGACCGCAGCUACAAGAAGAACGUCAAGAAGAUGAUCAUCAUGCAUCCGACGUCGUUCGUGCGCAUACUCCUCACCGCGUUCAAGCCGGUCGUCAGCGUCAAGUUCGGUCGCAAGCUGGCCAUGAUGUCUCGCCUCUCGGAGCUCGAGACGGUGCUGUACCUGGACCAGCUGGAGGUGCCCGACGCCAUCAAGCAGUACGACCGCACGCUGGAGAAGUCGCAGGUGACGGCCGGCCGGAGCGACGCCGCGCACUUCUACAACCGCAUGACCAGUGGUGCUGGUGGCAGUACGGGUGGCAAGGUGUUUGGCGUACCACCGUGUGUGCUUGCCGAGCAAAACGGCGGCGAUCCGGUUCUGCCCAUGCUCGUCGACUGUGCCAGGCACGUCCGUAGUAACGCCGAUCGCACUGUCGGGAUUUUCCGCCGCUCCGCCAACAGUAACGAGUUGAAGGACACCAAGAUGGCGUACGAGGCUGGCAAGACCGUGGACGUCGACAGCAUGGAUGUGCACACGGCCGCCUGCCUACUCAAGCUGUUCGUGCGCGAGCUGCCCGAACCGCUGCUGACGUACGCGCUCUACGAGCCCGUCAUCGAUCCCAACAUUGAUUUCAUGGAGAGUCAUCGUGUGACAUUCAUCGCCGACCUGCUCAGCCGCCUGCCCGACUCCAACCUUCGCCUGCUGCUCUUCAUCCUAGACUUGUUAGUGGCCAUAUCCGAGUUUGAAGCGACCAAUCUUAUGUCCAAGCCGAAUCUGGCCACCGUCUUCGGGCCCAACCUGCUCUGGUCCAACAAAGCUGCGGCCAGUCUGGACACGAUGAAGAGUAUCAAUCACUUCUUACUGGCUAUGCUGGAGAACUACACGCGGCUCAAGGAUUUGCUUUAGACCUACCUGUCAGUGCUCUGCCAGCUGUAUACACCGUGCAGCGUCUAUGCUUCGAGCCGGACGUUGUAACGCUUGAGCACUGUUGUGCAGCGAUCGAGCUGCGUCUGAGCUGCUCGCGUUUUCGUCCGAUCUCCGCCUGCUCUGGCCGGUUAGGGUGCUCUCAGGGCGUCGCGUGUCGUUGGAGCUGAGUGUGUGUGCGUGUGCGUGUGAGGAAUUCCGUCGUCCACUCUUGAUUGGCCGUCCCACUCGGAUCCAGUUGUAGGCUCUCAAAGCUGGGAGUAGUGGGUGUUCUGUGCAGUUCACAAGCCGCUUAGUGUUUCUCGCUUCACGAUAACUUUGCCAGAGCUGUUGGUGCCAAAUUCAAGUGUGUUGUGCUAAUUUUGCUUGAGUUUUGAUGGCCAAAUUUUAAUUUCCAGUGCCGUGCCGACGAUAACUUGAGCCUCUGCGUUUUAUCUUGCUCUCUUGUCUACUUGAUAAGCACUACAGCUUCAUGUCCCUCUUUUCUCUCUCUAUCUCUCCUCUCUCUCCGUCCCCUCCGCCCCAUAUUGCCAUCGUUCCUGCAGCACCUGCUGUCGCGUGUGCCCUCCCAGCCAGCCAGCCGAAACCGUCCUCCAUGUGUUGAAGCUGAAAGUUAAUUUUGUGACCCCGGUGGCAAUUGUCCACUGACACAGAAGUCCAUCCGUAAUAGCCUCACCGCAUGCACCAUGCACCUACCCCACGUUGCUGUUUUCUAUACCCUCUCCUCUUUCAACCCUCCCCGGCAGCAGCUAAAUGCUUAGCCCAAACGUUCUAUGUCAGCCCUAUCCGGAUCAUUCACUAAAUUACUCUCCUCCUGCGCAUUUCCGUUAGCCGUACUUGCUACUUGCAGGCCCUGUCCAGCCAGUCAUAACAGAAAGUAGUCCUCUCUCCAUCUCUCUGUCUCUCUCUCUGUCUCUCUCUGUCUCUCUCUCUCUCUCUCUCUCUCUCUCUCUCUCUCUCUCUCUCUCUCUCUCUCUCUCUCUCUCUCUCUCUCUCUCUCUCUCUCUCUCUGUCUCUCUUUCUCUCUCUCUCUCUCUCUCUCUCUCUCUCUCUCUCUCUCUCUCUCUCUCUCUCUCUCUCUCUCUCUCUCUCUCUCUCCAUCUCUCCAUCUCUCUCUCUCUCUCUCUCUCUCUCUCUCUCUCUCUCUCUCAAUCAGUAAUGAUUUAUCCGCUCACCCGUCUUAUGUUAGUCUCACUGAUCUGUUUUUAUCAAGCUAGAGUCAGUGAUAUUUUCUUUUUUUUCUUUUUUUUAAAUUCUCUCCUCUCACUUACCGUAUAGAACUAGGCUUUAGACCCAAACCACAGACUAUACUAAUUAAUGGUCA